AGUGACUACAAGCAUGGCGGAAGAGGUUGUUGGUUCUGAAAUUGAUAUUAAAGACCCAGCAGCUGAAUGCCCUGAAAAUGAACCCUUAGAAAGUCAACUUGAUUCAAAAUCAACAGAAAAUGAACCAGAUAUUUUGAAGAAUGAGAAUGAUUCCCACAAAGACAAAGAUGGAAACUUACUACAGUCUGGUGAUCAGCAGAAAAAAAACAAAAAGAAAAAAAAGAAGGGCAAGGAACCAGAAGUAGCUGAUGUUGCCAAUUCUUCCAUUUCGGACUUGAGGGCUCUUUCUGCAAGUAAUUUACAAGAAAUAAAAAAAGCUAUGGAACUUAUCAAUUUAAAUAUGGUGCACCAAGGUCCAGCUAAAACUCACGAAGAAGCUGCUAGAAAACACUUUGAAUUCUGGGAUACACAACCGGUACCAAAAAUAGGGGAUGAAAUUAGUUCAACUGCAAAUGAACCCAUCGAGCCGGACAAGACGGCAGACGAAAUUCGAAAGGAACCCUUCUCCCUACCUCAAGGCUUCCAGUGGGACACUUUGGAUAUUGAAGAUCCUAUUGUGUUGAAUGAGCUUUAUACUUUAUUGAAUGAAAAUUAUGUAGAAGAUGAUGAUAAUAUGUUUAGGUUUGAUUAUUCACCUGGCUUCUUAAAAUGGGCUCUUCAGCCUCCACACUGGAAGAAACAUUGGCAUUGUGGCGUACGUGUGGUUAAAAGUAAGAAGCUGGUUGGGUUUAUCAGCGCUGUGCCUGCACUCAUCAAAAUAUAUGGAAAGCAACGAAACACUGUUGAAAUCAAUUUCCUCUGUGUCCACAAGAAGCUAAGAUCGAAGCGAGUAGCUCCCGUUCUGAUUCGAGAGAUCACCCGUCGUGUGAACUUGGAAGGGAUAUUCCAAGCCGUCUACACUGCCGGUGUCGUUUUGCCCAAGCCUAUUGGGACAUGUCGAUACUGGCAUAGAUCUUUAAAUCCUCGCAAACUCAUCGAAGUCAAGUUUUCUCAUUUGAGUCGCAACAUGACGAUGCAACGCACAUUAAAGCUUUACAAAUUGCCUGAUAACCCAAAGUCUCCCGGUUUCCGUGCCCUAAAGGAAAAAGACGUGAAGCAGGCUUGUGCUUUGUUAGCAGAGUACUUGUUAAAGUUUGAUCUUGCACCAUCAUUUUCUUUGGAAGAGUUUCGUUAUUGGUUUUUGCCCCGUCCUGACAUUGUCAACAGUUUUGUUGUUGAGGUGAAUGGCACCAUCACGGAUUUCGUGAGUUUUUACACUUUGCCUUCCACAGUGAUGCACCAUCCCAUGCACAAAAGCCUGAAAGCGGCCUAUGCCUUCUACACGGUGGGAAAAGCCACGCCCCUGGCCGACCUCAUGCAAGAUGCUCUCAUAGUUGCAAAAAAUAUGGGAUACGAUGUAUUUAACGCUCUAGACUUAAUGGAAAAUAAGCUUUUCUUAGAACCUUUGAAAUUUGGAAUAGGAGAUGGAAAUUUGCAGUAUUACCUCUAUAACUGGCGAUGCCAGCCAAUGACUCCUAAUCAAAUUGGACUUGUUCUGCAAUAAGUGUAUAGGACUUGUUUCAGUGGCUGCUGUUGCGCCUGAACAUAUCACCGACAAAAUCUAGGAUUUUCCAAUUUACGUCAUCUUCCCCUCGAGUGGCUCGGUUUCGAACCGCAUCCGAGCCCUCGGUACGAGUGGUAUGUUCGACUCGGUUCGUCGGUUGGGAAGUCAACCGUGAGCCCAUCCUCUGCAAUGGCAGAUGUGUGUACAGGACUGUAUUUGAGACAUAAGCUUUAUUAUCUGUGAUGCGUCAUGGAAUUCUUUGUAAUUAUACAUUAUAAUGCAUUUAAAAGAGUUGGUUAAAUUUGAAAAUUACUCUACAAUUUCGGAGUUCGACUCCGAUUCUGUUCGAUAGGCUGCCCUGUUUGUGUUUUAUGUUUUUCUUUUUUUUUUUUGCUUGUUAUAUUCUUCUGGUUGGGCGCAAAGAAUUAGUUUGAUAUCGUUAUAUGAAGUGCUUUUGAGCCAUCUUAAACAAUGUUACUUACAAAAUCAGGGUUGCCAACUGCUCCGCAAAAAUAGCGAAACUCCGCAGCUCCGCAGAGAAGUUAUUUUGCUCCGCAUUUCCCGUUUGCAGUCUUAUUUCUGACCAGGCUUACCAAAGAUUUUAAUAAAAUAACAUUCAUUUUCAUUAUAUUUUGAUAGUUUAUUAUGACAGGCAUGCAAAUAUGGGAAAUUAAAGAUGCUUAUACUCAAAGCGUGACAUAGUGUUCAAAGCUGUUUUAUUAAUUUAAAAUAUAAUUAUUCUUAUGCC